CAUUUGCAAGCUCCUCUCACGAGGCUAACUCAAAGAAGAAGAAAAAACUCCAAAACCACAGCAAUCAAUGGAGAAAGUGAGGGUGCAAGACGUGGCUUCCCAUUCCAACGAUUCAAUUCCCGCGGAGUUUGUGAGAUCAGAGACAGAGCAACCGGGCAUCACGACUGUUAAGGGGACACAACUCGAGGUUCCAGUCAUUGAUUUCAGCAACCCUGAUGAGGACAAGGUCUUGAAAGAGGUUGUGGAAGCAAGUUGUAAGUGGGGAAUGUUUCAAAUUGUGAACCAUGAGAUACCGGUUGAAGUUAUAAGGGAACUUCAAGCUGUGGGGAAAACGUUCUUUGAGUUGCCUCAAGAGGAAAAGGAGCAAUAUGCUAAACCUGCUGAAUCUCAAUCCAUUGAAGGAUAUGGCACAAGGCUUCAGAAGGAAGUGGAUGGGAAGAAAGGUUGGGUGGACCAUUUGUUUCAUAAGACAUGGCCAACUUCUGAUAUUAACUACCGUUUCUGGCCUAAGAAUCCUCCAUCUUACAGAGAGGUUAAUGAGGAAUACAACAAGUACUUGCAUGGGGUUGUAAACAAGCUAUUCAAAAACCUUUCAAUAGGGUUAGGCCUUGAGGGGACUGAGCUAAAGGAGUUUGCGGGCGGUGACAACAUGGUUCACCUCUUAAAGAUCAACUACUACCCACCUUGCCCGUUCCCUGAUCUCGUGCUUGGUGUGCCAGCCCAUACUGACAUGAGCUACAUUACCCUUCUUGUGCCCAACGAGGUCCAGGGUCUUCAGGCCUCUAGGGAUGGCCAUUGGUAUGAUGUUAAGCAUGUGCCCAAUGCUUUGGUCAUUCACAUUGGGGACCAAAUGGAGAUAAUGAGCAAUGGAAAAUACAAGGCUGUCCUCCACAGGACAACAGUGAGCAAAGACAAAACAAGAAUUUCGUGGCCAGUGUUCAUAGAGCCCCAACCAGAGCAUGAAGUUGGGCCUCACCCAAAGCUUGUUAACCAAGAAAACCCACCAAAAUACAAGACCAAGAACUUCAAAGAUUAUGCUUACUGCAAGCUCAACAAGAUCCCUCAGUGA